AACGCUCGUCUCUCUCGGUCGACGGUCGCAGCAGCGGCCGCCGCGGCUCCUCCCCUCCGCCCUCCUCCUCCUCCUCCUCCGCCCGUGUUUGCUGUUGACAAACACCCGGCCAGGGCGGGCCGUUUGGCUGCGGGGAGCGGCUGUCUCCGGAGGGAGUCCCUCUCUGCCUCUGCCCCGCCGGGCAGAGCGUCUCCGGGAGCUCCUGGACUCCGGGCGGAGCAGAGCGACCCGGCGGCCGGCGGGGAUGUGGCAGACUCUGGCCCUGGGCUUGAUCCUCUUCCCGGCUCUCUUCGCCGCUGCCAUCCGCAGCCUGCGGUGGCUGGCGCCGGAAUGGAGCCUCAAGGACCGGAUCCUUCUCAGCGGCAGGCUGGUCUCUUCCAUUCAAGCCAUCAUGGCUACCCUGUCCGGUCUAAUUGUCAUUUUCAGCUGCCGAGAUGUGGUACACGACAGGCACUGGCUCGCCAGGGAAUAUAUCUGGAUUGUGGUGUCAUACAUGACCUAUGAUAUCUACGUCAUGUAUCUUUCCCACUGGCACAAGAAUCAAGACAAAGGGACGUCCAACGGGAAGGACUCCUGGGAUAACCUCCGAAGCUUCCUCCAGAAGGAAAGGCUGAUGGUCACCCAUCACCUCUUCAUCCUCCUCGUUUUAACGCCGGUCGCUGUGCAUCUGCGGGGUGAACUCGGAGACUUUUUCGUGGGCUGCAUCUACACUGCCGAGCUGAGCACCCCAUUCGUAUCCCUGGGGAAGAUCCUGAUGCAGCUGAAAAUGCAAGAUUCCAUCCUGCAUAAGAUCAACGGAAUCCUCAUCUUGGUUACGUUCUUCAUCUGCCGGAUCCUCCUUUUCCCGUACAUGUACUGGGCUUAUGGGCGACAGACGAACUUGCCCAUCUACGAGGUGCCCUUCCGCAUCCCUCUGCAUUGCAACGUGGCCAACGCCUUCCUGAUCGCGCCCCAGAUCUACUGGUUUACUCUCAUCUGCCGCAAAGCGAUGAGGCUCUACAGCAGUUCGCCAGCUCCGGAUCGAACGCGAUAGCAAAACAAAAACAAAAAACACCUCAACGUCCCCUUUGGAAGCAACAUUCCUUACUUUUCUGGACUGAGGGAUUUGCGGGGGUGGGGGUGAGGGAGGCGCCACUGCGGAACCGACUGCUGUUCUUCCCAGCCGAGAUGGAGGUGAAUCACCUCCGCAGAGGUGCCUUCGUGGUCACCAAACCACUACGAGCCUUGAGGUUGUAUGCUUCUGAAGCUCCCCGUAUCCGUGCCCACUGACUGCAGCGGUGUUCCAGAUGUGUUCCAGAUGUUGAAAGUGGAACCUGGGACCCCGGAGGCCAUGAGAAUCCUGCAAAUCUCUUCUUUUGCCCCAAAAUCUUCAGUUGGCGGUUUAGGGCAACGAGAUUAGAUAACACCGCACAGACUGGUUUGUACGUCCUUCUUUGAUUAUCCCUCAUCUGAGCGUGCCCUGAUCUUUUUCGUUUCCUCACCUCGAAAAAAAUGUCUACCUUCUACAACAGGGGUGUCAAACUGGCGGCCACGACUACCCCAGCUCCGUGAAGGGAAAAAAAUGUCACGAAGCCUCACGUGACAGCAACAUGACGCGAUGAGUUUGACGCCCGUGUUCUAAACCUUCUUCGAUAUGUUGUUUGUUGCGCCAGUUUGCUGCUGGUAAAAUACGGAUAGCCUUAUUUGGAUCUCUUGAAGGAUGCCUUGAUUUCACCAAAAAUGCCGAGGGAUUGCUGCUGGAAAAUUUUAGCCUCCCUUUUGUUUUUUUGUUAAAAAUACAUCUCAACAUUCUUGUGCUUCUCGUUCCUACGGAUAGUCAUGCUUAGCAAAAAAAAAAACACAACAGAAACUGGAGAGAAUUGGGACCUCCCUUGUCCCAAAUCGUGGAAAGAUUCUCACUUCGAACAGACAACAUUGCAUUUUUUUUGCACAUUCCAAGUGUCCUUUCGAUGCACAGGAUGGAAAACUUGGCCGACGUCAAGGUCAUUUCGGAACAGGUGCCAACUUUUGAGGCGGAUAACCGGAUCGUGAUUCAAGAAGAAAAGGUUCAAGAAGAGAAUUUUUGGUGCUCCGUGUGUGUGACACACGUAAAAAUCAGUGAGGCUUCAACAAGUGGCAUUCCCAUCUUGAUUUUUUUCUGACUUUGCAGCUAUUAGCAGAGAAAGGAAGGGAAAUUGAGAGAGUGAUCUGAAGUGAAGAUGAAGUUGCUGAGGAUGGAACGAACUGGCUGUUCAGAUCUGGACAGGUUCUCGUAAGAUUCUAUUCUGACCUGUCUCCCAAACAUAACAAACCCUCUAUAAUUAAAUCAACUAUUCCUUUAUUAAGAGCACCAGUAGCCCACAGAAGGCUAUCAGUGGCUGACCGGCAGGGAGAUGAAUAAAUUGUCUACCACACCUA